UCCUGCAAUAACAUUCUGAUUUCAAUAAAACUGAAGACAGGAUAAUAUAUCAUCACUUAUUUCCAACUUCCACGUGCCCACUCGGUGAACGACCUUCCGUAAUUUUCUGCGCAACACAAGGUGAAUUCUCUUCCAGUUGUGCGCGCGCAACGUAUUACGUUGGUUAAUUCCUCGAUUCAGAUCGAAGGUCAGAUUCAGUUGUUCUUUACUGGGGAAUAUCCGCUUCCAAGGUGAAAUUAAGAAAUGAGUCGAAGAGGCUUGAUUUAUAGCUUUGUUGCGAAAGGAACUGUUGUUUUAGCAGAGCACACACCUUAUUCUGGAAACUUUAGCACAAUCGCUGUCCAGUGCUUGCAAAAGCUUCCUUCUAACAGCAACAAAUACACAUACUCCUGUGAUGGCCAUACCUUCAAUUUUCUCAUUGACAGUGGAUUUGUUUUCCUUGCCGUUGCGGACGAAUCUAUUGGAAGAGGUAUACCUUUUGUUUUUCUUGAGAGAGUGAAGGAUGACUUCAAACAACAAUAUGGUGACAGCAUCAAGACCGAUGGCUCUCACCCACUUGCUGAUGAUGAAGACGAAGAUGAUGAUUUGUUUGAAGAUCGGUUUAGCAUCGCAUACAAUCUUGACCGAGAAUUUGGGCCGAGGCUUAAAGAGCACAUGCAAUAUUGUAUGAAUCAUCCAGAUGAAAUGAGCAAGCUGUCCAAAGUGAAGGCUCAAAUAACAGAGGUCAAAGGAAUAAUGAUGGACAACAUUGAGAAGGUUUUGGAUCGGGGUGAGAAAAUUGAAUUGCUGGUAGAUAAAACUGAAAACCUUCAGUUCCAGGCAGACAAUUUUCAAAGGCACGGGAGGCAGUUACGUCGGAAGAUGUGGUUGCAAAGUCUCCAAAUGAAGCUGAUGAUUGGGGGAGCUAUUCUUAUCCUAAUAUGCAUCAUCUGGUUUAUAGCUCGUUGAGGCUUCAAAUGGUGAUGGUUCUGGAAUUAUAUUGCAAACAGAAACUAGGAAUAAAUGUUCUUGUAUAUUUGUUGUUACUGAAACGUUAUCCCUGAUAAGUGUCAUUGACAUCGUCAAGAUUUUGAGGCUCUUUAGUUCUAUUCAGAUCGUGGAUGAAUGGAAUUAUGGAAUUUAAAAGUAAAAAUGUAUUAGUAUUUGUA